CCACGUUUGAUCCCAUAUCAGUAUCACGAUUCUCACCAAAAAAAAUCAGAUACUCAAAACUGAAUUAACCAACCCCCAAACUUUCAAAGUCUAGGCUCCACAAAACAAAAACAAAUUAAAAUUAAAAUGGACACUACAUCAGACUCCAAAUAUUCUAUAAUCUCAAUCUUAUCCAUACUCACUUUAUUAUUCUCUCUCCAAGCAGCUCACGGAGACGAUGGGGGUUGGCAAGGUGGUCACGCCACGUUCUACGGUGGCGCCGACGCUUCCGGCACAAUGGGCGGAGCUUGUGGCUAUGGUAAUCUGUAUAGCCAAGAUUACGGGACCAAUACGGCGGCUCUUAGCACGGCUUUAUUCAACAACGGACUCACGUGCGGUGCGUGCUACGAGAUGAAGUGCAACGAUGACCCAAGAUGGUGUCUAGGUUCUACUAUCACCGUCACAGCUACUAACUUUUGUCCACCGAACCUUGGCCUCUCCAACGAUAAUGGUGGAUGGUGCAAUCCUCCUCUUCAGCAUUUUGACCUUGCCGAACCAGCUUUUCUCAAAAUUGCUCAGUACCGAGCAGGCAUUGUCCCUGUCUCUUUUCGAAGAGUACCGUGUAUGAAAAAAGGAGGGAUAAGAUUUACGAUCAACGGACACUCAUACUUCAACCUAGUUCUGAUCUCGAACGUAGGAGGAGCAGGAGACGUCCACGCGGUCUCGAUAAGAGGCUCAAAGACAGGGUCGUGGCAAGCUAUGUCUAGGAACUGGGGACAGAACUGGCAGAGCAACUCUUAUCUCAACGACCAAAGCCUCUCGUUCCAGGUCACUACCAGCGAUGGUCGCACCGUCAUUAGCAAUGACGUGGCUCCUUCAAAUUGGCAGUUUGGACAAACCUACCAAGGCGGUCAACUCUAAACCUUUUUCUGUGCUCACGUGGCUGCAUAUUGUUGAGGUGGCUCCGUAAACACACCCACCAAGUCUUUUGUC